CCCACUCCCCGAAGCCGGAUCCUUUCUCCCUCCUUUACCCGGGGCUGCCCGUUCGUUUGGUCCCUGAAUCAUGUCCGCCCGGGUCUGGUUUGUGACAGAUCGCCGGAUCCUGCAGGAUUACCCGCAGCAGGAGAUCGAGCGCGCUCUCCGACAAAAAUGCGCCGAGGAGGAGGUGGAAUUUCGCAUGGUGUUAAUGGAUGAGAUCGUCAUCACCAUCGAGCAGGGAGCUUUGGGACUACGUAUCAAACAAGAGCUAGUAACCAGUUACCCUCAAGUGGUGGUGGUUCGAGUUCCCACUCCUUCAGUCCAGAAUGAUAGUGACAUCACUCUACUGCGGCACCUGGAAAAGAUGGGCUGUCGCCUGGCCAAUCGUCCUCAGGCCAUAUUGCACUGCGUCAACAAGUUCUGGACGUUCCAGGAGUUAGCUGGUCACGGAAUACCACUACCUGAUACUUUCUCUUAUGGUGGUCAUGAAAAUUUUGCAAAAAUGAUUGAUGAAGCUGAGCCUUUGGGUUAUCCAGUAGUAGUUAAAAAUACACGAGGUCAUCGAGGGAAGGCAGUGUUCCUGGCACGGGACAAGCAUCAUUUGUCUGAUUUAUCUCACCUGAUACGACAUGAUGCUCCAUACCUUUUCCAGAAAUAUGUAAAGGAAUCUCAUGGGAAGGAUAUCCGCGUGGUCAUGGUGGGAGGCCGUGUGAUUGGUGCAAUGCUGCGCUGCUCCACUGAUGGCAGAAUGCAAAGCAACUGCUCACUAGGAGGUGUUGGUGUGAUGUAUCAGCUGAGUGAGCAGGGCAAACAGCUGGCAAUCCAGGUGUCCAAUAUCUUGGGCAUGGAUGUGUGUGGUAUCGAUCUGCUCAGGAAAGAUGACGGUUCUUUUGUAGUGUGUGAAGCCAAUGCAAAUGUAGGUUUCAGGGCCUUUGAUAAAGCUUGCAAUCUGGAUGUAAGUGGUAUCAUAGCGGACUACGCCCUGUCGUUGCUGCCAAGCAGACUGACCAGAAAGAUGUCGCUUCUUUCUGUAGUUUCGAGUGCCAGUGAAACAAGUGAGCCAGAGGUGGGGGCUUCAGUCAGUGCCAUCCCAGAGAGUGUGUUCACUAUGAGUGUGGGAUCAAGCUCUAGUGAGAGUGACCCUGAAAUAGUAGAGGUCAGGGAUUCUGACACUGCUACUUCCAGGUCCAUGCAGACUGUACUGCCUGAGUCAGGCUACAAUAUGAACAAUCUCAUAAACACGGAAAUGAAACUAUUGAGUGAGUGAGGCUGAGGAACCUCUACUAUUAGGUAUAACAGACAGGGCAGCUUUCCUAGCUGAACUGUGGGUUAAAGGGUAAAAGAAUUGAUGGAGGGACACUUAAUGGUUAAUAUGAGAAUAAAUUAUAUCAAAUUUGGGUUUGUUGAAUAACCCUGAAUGACAUUAUAGCCAUUAACUCACUCCUGGGCAAUGGGUUAUGUAGCCUCAAUGUCACUGGGGCCAGGGUGUGGGUUGCGGUUAGGUACUGGUAAACUUACUUCAAGAACACAAUAAUACGAUUUCAGUUGCUUAGUUAAAAGGCAUUGCCUUGACAAUAAAAAAUUAACAGUCAAUAUCAGAAAGAGGAAGACUGGUUACUGUUACAAAGGAGACCCUUUAUCAGUUACUGUUAGGAAAUGCACAGCCUCUGCUUGACAUCUUCCUGUGGUACCAUGGUUGAAGUCAGGAACGUGCUGCAUUUGGAAUCAAUAUCUUGCCUCUUUGCAAUGAACUGCACCUCCAUAU